GAGCCCCUCGCUUCCUUGGGAGCCUUCUCAGCACCCUGGGAGCAGGAGCCGGCGCGGGCGGAGCUGGCAGCACGCAGCUGCUGGCCCGGGGGCAUUGCUGCACCUGGAGCAGAAGGAGAAGAGCGAGGGGGGGUGCUCCGGUGCGCGCCCGCCACCGAAAAACCGCAGGGAAGGGGAUUUUCCUCCUUUCCAAAGGGAAAAGCCCCUGUGUGCUGCGGUGUUUGUGCCGGUAGCCGGGCACGGCGCGCUGUGCUGUGGCUCAGGGUGCGUCCGCCCCGCUCAGAGCCGAGCGCGGAGCCGCGGAGCAGCCCCUGCGUGGAGCUGGAGGUGCCGGGAGCUGCUCAGGUCGCAGACGCGCCGUGGGCACGGGGCUCGGUGCUGCCCGGGGGGCUCUGCGUGCCGGUUAGACCGGGCUGGGCGCGCACAGCGCGAGCCCUGGAGCGGCUUUCCGCUCCCCUCCCCGGUUCGUUUUGCCGGCUGGGUGUGCGCUGGGUGGGGGACCCCCGUUGCCGUGGGGCUCGGGGCGCUCCCCCCAUCCCGGUGCGGGGAGCGACGUGCCGCGGCCGGUGGGUCCGGGUCCCUGCACGCGGCGCUGACCGCGUCCUCGUGUCCUUCUGCCCCGCAGGAUGGACAGGAUGACGGAGGACGCCCUGCGCCUCAACCUCCUGAAGCGGAGCUUGGACCAAGCGGACGAGCGGGACGACGUCCUGGCCAAGAGGCUGAAGAUGGAGGGCCACGAGGCGAUGGAGCGGCUGAAGAUGCUGGCGCUGCUGAAGAGGAAGGACCUGUCGGGCAUCGAGGUGCCCCACGAGCUCCCGGUGAAACAGGACGGUGUGAAAGUGUACGAGGAAAAGCUGAAUGGGAGCCUGAGGCCCCAUGGGGAUGGCAGGACUGCAGGGAGGCCGGGCAAGGAGAACAUUAACGACGAGCCCGUGGACAUGAGCGCCAGGAGGAGCGACCAGGACCGGGGCCGGCUCACCCCUUCCCCGGACAUUAUCGUCCUCUCCGACAACGAGGCCUCCAGCCCCCGCUCCAGCUCUCGCAUGGAAGAAAGGCUGAAGGCGGCCAACCUGGAAAUGUUCAAGGGGAAGAGCAUAGAGGAGCGGCAGCAGCUCAUCAAGCAGCUCCGGGACGAGCUCCGGCUGGAGGAGGCCAGGCUCGUGCUGCUGAAGAAGCUGAGGCAGAGCCAGCUGCAGAAGGAGAACGUGGUACAGAAGACUCCGGUUGUCCAGAAUGCGGCGUCUAUCGUCCAGCCAUCUCCUGCUCACGUGGGACAGCAGGGACUGUCCAAGCUGCCCUCCAGGCCUGGAGCUCAGGGGGUCGAGCCUCAGAACUUAAGGACAUUACAGGGUCACAGUGUCAUUAGGUCUGCCACAAACACGACCCUGCCCCAUAUGCUUAUGUCGCAGCGUGUGAUUGCUCCGAACCCUGCCCAGCUGCAGGGGCAGCGCGUUCCUCCUAAGCCUGGCCUCAUCCGCACUACAACUCCAAGCAUGAAUCCAGCCAUCAACUACCAGCCGCAAUCAAGUUCUUCUGUUCCUUGCCAGCGUACGUCGUCUUCAGCCAUCUACAUGAACCUUGCCUCUCACAUCCAGCCUGGCUCUGUGAACAGGGUCUCGUCCCCGCUCCCCAGCCCCAGCGCGCUGAGCGACGCCGCCAACUCGCAGGCAGCCGCCAAGCUGGCCCUGCGCAAGCAGCUGGAGAAGACGCUGCUGGAGAUCCCACCCCCGAAGCCGCCCGCGCCCCUGCUCCACUUCCUGCCCAGCGCAGCCAACAGCGAGUUCAUCUACAUGGUGGGGCUGGAGGAGGUGGUGCAGAGCGUUAUCGACAGCCAAGGGAAGAGCUGCGCGUCCUUCCUGCGCGUGGAGCCCUUCGUCUGCGCCCAGUGCCGCACCGACUUCACCCCGCACUGGAAGCAGGAGAAAAACGGGAAGAUCCUGUGUGAGCAGUGCAUGACUUCCAACCAGAAGAAGGCGCUGAAGGCGGAGCACACCAACCGGCUGAAGAACGCCUUCGUGAAAGCUUUGCAGCAGGAGCAGGAAAUCGAGCAGAGGUUGCAGCAGCAGGCGGCCCUGUCCCCCACCGCGGCUCCGGCCGUGUCCAGUGUCGGCAAACAGGAGAACAUCAUGAGGCACCACACGCUCCGGCAG